ACCUUAGGCACAAGAAUGCGCCCAUGCAAAGCCUUUAAUAAACUUGCUGUCAAGAACGAAAACCUAUUCUUUUGUAUUCUGCGUCAUACUUUUGUAAAUUGUGAGAAACAUUUUAUUAAAAAGAAGGUAAUUAAACUGAAAAUUCCGUAGAAAUUUUAGUUGGAAAUUUAUUUGUUUCUUGAACAUACGCCUCUUUUUGGAAAAUAUCGAGUAAACGCCCAGCAAUGGAUUUCGGUGAUGAUUUUGAAACCAAAGAAGUUGACCCAGCAGCAGAUUUUCUGGCUAGGGAACAAAGUGCUUUAGCUGGAUUGGAAGACGAAGUCUUGCCACCUGCACAAGACACUUUACUUCAAGACAAUGUUAAUGGAGGUAUCGGUCUUGAAUCGUCAACUGGAAGCUUCGAAAUCAUUCAAAAUGUGGGAGAACCUAAUGAAUCAGCUUCCCAGCCGUCUGUAGCUCGAGUAGAACCGGAAAAAAUUCGCAAGUGGCGUGAAGAACAAAAGACUCGCUUGGAAGAAAAAGACCGAGAGGAAGAACAAAAGAAGGAAGAGCUUCGACUCCAGGCAAAAGUUGAGCUGGAAGAUUGGCUGAGGCAAACUGAGGAAUCAAUUGCCAAAACAAAGGCAGCAAGUCGUGGAGCCGAAAAACAAGAUUCUUUCGAAAAUGGGGAUAUAGAACCAGGAACCGAAUGGGAACGUAUUGCAAAGCUUUGCGAUUUCAACCCAAAGUCGAACAAAUCUGGUAAAGAUGUCUCCCGGAUGCGGUCAAUUUAUCUACAUCUUAAACAAAAUCCCAUUCAAACGCAGAAAAACAUUUAAAAUGGAAAAUAUAUAAAGUUUAAACAUUAAUCAAAAUAAAAUGAAAUUUAACUGA